AGGAAAAUAUGAAGCACUGAUUUCAUAUUUGUUCUAAUUCAGAAAAUUAUGGGGCAAUAUUACCACUGAUACUCAGGAGAAAUGGUUUCUCAGUGAUUAAAUCUUUUGCACAAAGCCCCUUUAGAUGACAGCUGUUAUGUGGUGCAUGGCAUGGUACAGUAAGGCAGCGAAUGCUUACCUUGCACGUGUUCCAGUGCCCACCCCCAUCUCCUGCACGACGCGGGCCGCGGACCUGGGGGACCCGCGCGCCGUGGUGGUGUGCCCCUCCGACUGCACGCUCCGCCACCUGUCCGUGUUCGGCUCGGGCGUGUACGCUGCCGUGUCCAGCGUCUGCGGAGCAGCCAUACACCGAGGCGUGAUCACGUGGUCAGGAGGGCCGCUCAAUGUCCACAGAGCUCCUGGUCGAGAAAACUACCUCAGCUCCUACGCCCAUGGGAUCCAGUCGCAGUCGCUGUCCCGGUGGACGGCGUCAUUCACUGUGUCCAGAUCGUUCAGCCAGCCCAUGGAGGUGUCGGGCCAGCCCAGCACCACCGCCCUGCCCGGACUCGGCUCAGCAAAGAAAGCAGCGAAGAAGACCGUGAAGAAGACAGCUCAGAAUGGCAUCAAAGACUGCCAGGUGGACAUCGCCCUGCUGCUGGAUGGCAGCUACAACAUCGGCCAGAGGCGUUUCAACCUGCAGAAGAACUUCGUCUCUAAGCUGGUGCUGAUGCUGCGGGUGGGGCCAGACGGGCCUGGCUUGGGGGUGGUGCAGGUCAGUGAAACCCCCCAGGUUGAGUUCUACCUGAAGAACUUCACUCAGCCCAAAGAUGUGAUUUCCGCCAUCAAAGAGAUGGGAUUCAAAGGAGGGAACACCAACACAGGUAAGGCGCUGAUGCACACGGUGGAGGGCUUCUUCAGCGAAGAGAGGGGCGGGCGGCGGGGCAUGCCGCGGGUUGCCGUGGUGUUUGUGGAUGGCUGGCCCUCCGACAGCCUGGAUGCAGCAGCAGUCCGGGCCCGAGAGUCCGGCAUCAACGUCUUUGUGGUGUCAGUGGCCAAAGCAUCGCCUGAGGAGCAGAGCUUAGUGCAGGACAGAGAUUUCAUGAAGAAGGCGGUGUGCCGGGACAACGGCUUCUUUAACUUCAGCAUGCCCAGCUGGUUCAGCAGCAAUAAGCAUGUGAAGCCGCUGGCACAGAGGCUGUGCUCGGCCAACCGCAUGCUGUGCAGCAAGACCUGCUACAACUCCGUCAACCUGGGCUUCCUGAUCGACGGGUCCAGCAGCGUGGGUGACGGAAACUUCCGGCUCGUGCUGGACUUCAUUGCGAGCGUGGCGGGAGCCUUCGAGAUCUCAGAGCUGGGGGCGCGCGUGGGCGCGGUGCAGUUCACCUACGACCAGAAGCUGGAGAUGGACUUCAGCGAACACCUGGAGCGGGAUGAAGCCCUUGCUGCCAUCAGAGCCAUCCGCUACAUGAGCGGCGGCACCGCCACCGGAGACGCCAUCAACUUCGCCGUCUCCAACCUCUUCUUCUCGGCCACCGCCACCUCCGGAAAGAACUUCCUCAUCGUCAUCACCGACGGCCAGUCCUACGACGAGGUCGCCAGCCCCGCGCUAGCUGCCCAGAGAGAAGGAAUCACCAUGUACUCGGUGGGCGUGGCCUGGGCCCCGCAGGAUGACCUGAAAGCCAUGGCCUCGGAGCCCAAGGACAGACACUCUUUCUUCACACGGGAUUUCACCGGGUUGAAGGAGUUCCAGGAGCCCCUGGUCAGGGGCAUCUGCCAGGACUUCACCGAGACGCAGUAGGGGUGUGGGUCCGUGAGGGAGCGGGGGGGUCACGGGAUGGAGAACCCCAGGGGUGUAUACUACUUCUCCCACUGAACAGACCCCUGGAAACAACAGUACAAGCCUGCAGGGGUCUUUCCCCAAAACAAAUCGAAAUAUUUUACCUUGCCUUCAUUAUGAUAUAUUUGAGUAUGAAAUGAAUUUCAGGUUCGGGUGCAAAUCAUGCAGAAUUAGUGUUUGGAUGCGAAACCCAGGAAACAUGGUUGCAAAUACCAUGUAGACCAUUUCAUAUACCAAGCAAAUAUUUAAAUAUUCUUUAAUGCACACAAAGAUAUUUUACGACACAAAGAUGCUCAAUGGUAGCGACCAGCAGUAGCUCCUGUAGUUCUCUCAGUAAUAGGGAAUAUACGCUUUUCAAUAGUUACAUACACUAGUUACAUAUCAUUUGGGCAUCUUGUCCUUUUUAAGUAUGUUCUUUAAAACACCUUUUCAAUGUCAAACCAAUCACUCAACAACCCUUCAGAUUUCAGAGGCAUUUGAAUGGGUUUUAAAAUUAUGCACCAUCAGUUUAGAAUUCCUGUCGGUGGGCUGAGUCUGUGCAGCGUCAGUUUCCCGCGACCGGCUCCAGGUCUGGGGGACAGACGCCAGCAGUCUGCAGCACACCGUAAACACACAGCACCUCCUCUGACUGCAGUCAGAUGGUAUGCAGCAUAUCACACACACAUCUUGCUUUAGGAGCAGGAGGAGCUGAGGGGGACCACAGUGUAAAACAGA